UUGAACCAUUUGUGUAAAACAUCACGAUAUGACCUCAGGUAGCAGGACGAUGUUUGCGCUACAUCGUCUUACUACAUUAUCUGCUCUCAGUAGAUGUUUUCAAGCUUUUGACGGAGCCAGAAGUUUAUCGUUAGGAAUCCAAAACUCAAGCAAGAUCAAUUCUGUUAAGAGUUAUCUGAAAAAUAUUGAGAAAAACGAAAUGAUACUUAGUAUCGAAAAGAAAGAAUAUGAAAAUGGUAGAAAGUUCCUUGCUCAAAUUAUGGGUUAUGACCCUGUCCAUUUCACACCUGAGCAGGUCAAUGAGGCUAUUGAGUAUCUGCUUCCGUCCUCGCUGUAUACUAAACGUGCACGUCCUGUCUUCAAAGAACCACACCUAGUGUUUCCACCGCAAAAGCAAUUGCAGUGUGAUGUAAAUGGCAGACCACUUAAUAGCUACUUUUACACGACACACCAAAACUUUCACAAAAUCAUGAACGAGGCGAUUUACAAACUGGAAGAAAUAAAACUUCACGUUGAUCAGUCUUAUUUUAACAAGACGACUGUUAAGCCCACAUUGAAAGAAGUACAUUGUGCGACGUCAAGCGACUUUAUGUCGAAAAUAAAUCUCAUGAAAAUGAUUAACGAAACCAUAUCGGAUGCACAGUAUAAACAGUGGUUAGUUUUAAUGAAGCGUUUAUCAGAACACCCAUUGUCGUAUUUGGUCGAAGAAUUUAUUCAGAAUUACAAAGCCCAAAUAUGCGGUCCUACUUCAGAAAUUAAACUUCCCGAGCCAUUUAUGGACUCAGUAACAAACAGAAAAUGUGUCCAAGCAUUCGGUCAAAAGAAAAACUCGCUUGCUGAAGUAACACUAUACAUGCCUGGCACUGGUGACUUCACUGUAAACGGAGCACGACUUCUAGAAAUAUUUCCUGAGCUUGGAAAUCGAGAACAAAUAGUAUUCCCUUUACAGCAAACAAAUACUGUUGGUAAAGUAGACAUAAUUGCUACAGUAAGCGGGGACGGUUCGAGCAGUUUAGCGAAUGCUCUCCGUUUGGCGAUAGCCAGGUGUUUGGCCUCAAUGCUUCCGAUAGAUCAGGGGAAAAAUAGACUAUUGGUAACGGGCUUAUUGUCUCAGGACAACCGGUUUGCGGAACGUAAACAACCAGGCCAAAGAAAAGCACGCAAGAAGCCUAUUUGGAAGGCACGCUAGAUUCACAAGUACUGAAUAAAAAUGCAAGCAACAUCAUUCUUCAGUUUUGUUCGCGUUCAAUACUGGCCCACAGAUUUCGCUGCCUUGGUUUCCAGCUCGAUCAUCUAAAGAAGAAGGCAAAGAUGUAAAGCUACUUAUAUAUGUGUAUAUAUAUAUAUAUUCUUCUUAUAUGAAUGAAUGGUUUGUCUAACCAAUAUUAAACAGUCAAACAGCUUUGAUAUCAACUGAAAAACCGUGAUAUUAACUUCACAAAAGAUUUCGACAAACGUGAACGCAUAUGUGGUUACAUGCUUAAAAACCUAAUAUCUAGGACUUACGUGUUCGUAAAUCGUAAGCUACAGAGAAGUACAGAAAGGCAAGAGAAUAUGCAGGAUUUUAAGUGUUUACAUUUUCUAACGCCUCAAUCUGAAGUACUAACUCUAGUAGUCUUAUUUAGUUGUAAUUUGAAUGCUUAGUGCAAAAGAAUACCACAGAAAACCGUUUUUUGUAGCCAGUUAUCUGAACUAAAGAAUGAUGUUUUGUAUACAUAUAUUUGUAAGAGAGUCAGUUAUUUAGAAAGAUUUUUGUCCCAAUGUCUAAAUUUAUGAGGUACCAAAUUACUCAUACGAAUAUAUCCGUUCAAGCGUAUCAGAACCAUCAGCUGAAGUAAAAGUGUGACAUAAUUAAUAUUAGUUUACCCUUCAGCUACAUGGAUUGAGAAUCAAGUUUGUAUUAGAACCUAUUUGAGGUAGACAGAUUUAUUAAUCUCUAAAUAACUAGCAAUAUAUGGUUUAAAGUUUAAUAAUGUACGAAUGAGUUGUGUACAUUUGCUUAAUAUAACAAUAACACAUAUAAGCG